AUGGCACUGGUCGCGCUGGUCAUUGCACCUUUAUUCCUGUGCGCAUGCGUGCUCCUGGUCUAUCGCUCCUGGUCCGGGUCUGGGACGGUCAAGACACCGACACCGCUUGGCCACGGCCUGCGACGGGUGCCCGGCCCGCCCGGCCUGCCUGUCAUCGGUAACACUCUGCAACUCAAGCCGCAGCCGCAGCGGCAGUUGCAGGCCUGGGCGAGCCAGUACGGCGAACUGUUCCAGAUCCAGCUGGGGUGGUAUAACUGGGUGUUUGUCAACUCGCCCGCCGCAGUCAAGGACAUCUUCGACAAACAGUCGGCCGUCACCUCGGGCCGCGUGCCCAUGCCGGUCGGCUCCGACCUGAUCUCGGGCGGUAAACGUUUUCUGCUGAUGAGCUAUACUCCGGAGUGGCGCAAGCUCCGCGCCAUUGUGCACAAGCUGCUGACCCCCAAGUCGUCCGAGCAGUUUCGCCCCAGUCAGGAGUUCGAGGCCAAGCAGUUGAUCCGGGAUAUAUGGGAUGACAACCGGCGCGGCGACCAUGAGAGCUUUUACAUGCAUAUUCGUCGCUAUACGACCUCGGUGGUCAUGACUUCGACCUAUGGAAGACGCAUUCCGCAAUGGAACUGUGAGGACGUUCGAGAAGUUUACGGCUUGAUGAAGGAGUUUUCCGACGCCACUGCCCCAGGAGUCUUCAUUGCAGACACGCUGCCGCCGCUGGCCGACGUGGUGCCGCAGCCGCUGCAGUGGUGGCGACGACAGGCGCUCCAAUACUACAACCGCCAGGCCCGCAUCUGGAUGAAGUACUGGACCAUCUUGCAGGAGCAAAUCCGCCAGGGCGUGGCGCCGGACUGCUUUGUGCGACAGUGGUCGGAAGGCGACUACAAGAAGCAAGGCAUCAGCGAGAUCCAAGCCGCCUUUGUAGCGGGGACCAUGAUCGAAGCCGGCUCCGAGACCACCAGCUCGGCCCUGAACAGCGCGGUGCUCUACCUCGCCGCGUAUCCCGAAGUGCAAGCUCGCGCACACGCCGAGUUCAGCCGCACGAUCGGCGACCAUCGGUCCCCGACGUUCGACGACGAGCCCUCCCUGCCCUACAUCCGGGCGAUGGUCAAGGAAAUCCUGCGCCUGCGGCCCGUGACCAACAUCGGCACGCCGCACUUCACCACCGCAGACGUCGUGUACAAGGACUACCUGAUCCCCAAGGGCACCGUCGUCGCCGUCAACCAGUAUGCGCUGCACUACGACCCGCGGCGCUACGACCGACCCGACGACUUCAUCCCCGACCGCUACCUCCACCACCCGCUGAAAGCCGGUGCCUAUGCCGCCCACCCGGAUCCGUUGCAGCGCGACCAUUUCGGCUUUGGGGCCGGCCGCCGCAUCUGUCCCGGCAUGCACCUGGCCGAGAACAGCUUGUUCAUCACGCUGGCCAAGAUCCUGUGGGCCUUCCAUGUCAAACCGUGUCUCAGGCCCGACGGCGGCGAGGAGGUGCUGGACGUCUCGGAUGACGCGUAUGAGAACGGCGCCAAUACCCUUCCCAAACCCUUCAGAGUGCGCUUUGUGCCGCGGAACAAGGUCGUCGAAGCCACCCUUGUCCGGGAAUGGAGCCAGGCUGAGGCUGAGGGCUACUAUUUGGGGAAUGUCAAGGUCAAGGAUGACGCCCACACUCAAGGUCAAAGAUGA